AUGACGGCAAGGUGUGCCAUUUUCAUCCAAGAAAAGAAUAGAUUACCUGUCCUACCCAGGAUCUCCUUGCACUCAGCAGAAGGGCUACAGCGUGUUGACCCUGCAGCUGCUUCACAGACAAUAGAACUUUAUGCAAUGCAGAGAGAAAAGCAAGCAUGGGCGGUGACUUCAAUGUGUUCUGAUGACUGGCUGGUGGUGAGAAUGAAAAAGAAACCAUUUGAUAAUGACACGGAAGUGAGAGUUGAUGACAUACGCCUGGGAGACAACUGCUCUGCAACCAGGGUACUGAGCUUCAACUACGAGUUUUCUUACCCUGUUGCUUCCUGUGAGAUCAGUAAACUUACAUUCCAGGGAAAUGAUGUUUUCAUCUUAUCUGAGGUCAGAUAUAGACCGGUGCUGGAUCUUACCCAUAAAUUCCAGGUGGUUUGCUUUGUGAAGAGGCCUAAAUUAUCUUCAGUGGAUCCUUUUAGAAUAAAUGGGUAUAACGUGAAUUCCUUUGGUAUGGCACUCAAGUAAUAGGACAACAGCCAUCAGUUUCCUUGAAAGG